ACAAUAGUACACAAUGCGAUGGAGCGCCAUCUAAUGUAGCUGACGUUGCCAAUUUAAUAACCGAGUAAAUCGCGAUUGUGAUAUUUUCAAUCUAGUUUUGCGUUCGCGUCGAAUCCCAUGUACGUCUACAUAGUACUACUCGUAUACUAUAUCGAAUAACGUUUUUCAACCAUGAAUAUUAUUCUAUCGAGUGCGUUGGUUUUUUUAUUGGCUGCAGGUUUUCAAAUUAAGAAUGCAGUUCGGAGCGAAGACCCUAGCAACACACCCUCGCCUACACCUCUAAAAGACGACCACGACGAUCUAUUCGAGGUCGAAAAUUCUGAAGAAACAUUAACACCAUCGUCGUCGUCGAAUAAGGAAGACGAGUCCGUAGCAGAAAUGCUGAGGUUUAUUCCGGAAACAAAUACGAAUGUCGUGAAAAAUUUAAUAAAAACCGCGUUGACGGAAAACGACAUUUUUGAAAUGGUACAACAGAUCAACUUGGGUCCCGUUCAGAAUCUGCAAUUCCCUGACGAAUUUAUAGAAUCCGAUGGUAAAACGAUAAUGCUCAAAAAUAUUCGCGCCUACGAUGCAACAAAGGAACCAGUUGAAACGUUCUACGUGCUGUUUACUUCUUCACCUCAACAUAGUCUGAUGACGUUCUACGUAGUACCCGAAAACAUGGCUUUUGAAGGAGACUACUCGGUACCAAUGGACGACGAAGAUAACAGUAUUUUCGACGGUCAUUUUCAAUUCGACCAAAACGCAGCCAGAUUAUCGUGCAGAAUUCAUAAUAUUAGCUCUUUCGAAAUCGAUAACUGCGACUUGAGCUUUCGUAAUGGAGAAGUGAAAUUCACGCAAUUAAUAGACGACGGCAGCCGUCCCGAAUUCUUCACCCCAUCAGCUCACAAAGUGCUGCAGAAGAUGUAUGCUCGGUUAUUAGAAGAAUUGAACCUACCUUCGAUGAUAAAAAUAUAUCACCAAUUCGUCUCAGCGUUUCCUUUCCUAUCGAUUUGUUCGUCGUCGCCCCCCACCACCUCCUCAACAACGAAUUAUCACGUUAUCGAGGAACCCAUCACGAAAACGUAUAAAUCCAGCCGUUUAAUUCUCGGACCGAUGAUUUUCAAAGGACUAGAUAAUUUCAUCAUCGGUGAUGUAAUCGCCUCAAAAAGCCCGCGCCAAGCCCCUACGACGACAUAUUUUUCCAUCAUUACAACAUCCAAAUCAAUUCAAGGGCGCUGUGACUGGCAGUACUUUGAAACAAACCAUCAGGAUACGAAGAACACCGGUACAUUUGCCUUCGUAAUCGAAGAAGUUGAAUUAGCGUUCGACUCGCGAUUUACCGAUAAGUUCAUCGUGGAUGGGGUGGUAAUCAACGUGAAUGAAAUCAGCAUUCACAGGGUGAAUAAAACUCAACCGAAAAUUCACGAAUUCACGAAAUCGCUUCUGCAAGAGGUCAUUUUAGAAGCCACAAUUGACUCGAUUAAAAAAAUGUUUCACGUUCAGUUCCCAGAAAUGUCAGAAGAACCUAGCACAACCGAACAAAACAUCAGCUUAAUGAACACGAAGAUCACUGAGCCCAGUCCAGCUGUACAUACUGGACCAGUCGAAGCACACGAACCCGAAUAAUUCAACAUAGAUGCCAAAAUAAUCGAAAAUGGUGGCAGAAGAUCUUUAACCGUAAUCCAUGCACAAAAUCGUAAUCAUAAAACGGAGUGCAGUAAUUUUAUACGAAUGACUGGUGAUUAAUUGAUAAGGGAUAAGCCUAAGAUUGAUUACAUUACUUACCUACAAUAAUUUAUACCUUAUAGUUUCGAAUUUAUAAAUAAACAUUAAAUUUCAGA